CCCCCCCCACCCAACUGCAGGACAGAUUAAAGAACGUUUUCGAGCGGAAGAUUCGAACCGUAGUUUCUUUUUCUUGUUGCUGGAAAGAUCCGAGAUCCAACUUCUUGAUGACUGUUACCGUGGUCGGACUUUGACUUGCAGGACUGUAUACGGAACGAUCAGGCCUAGAUCUGUAGGUCUUGUUGAAGGAUUUCCUGGUUUGGUCGACAAAGAUCUCAUCUUGAUCUUGUAAAAAUGUUUAACUCGGCAGUUUACUAUGAGAACUCCCUUGUUGGGGAGGUGGAAGUUUAUCCCCAGAAUCCGAACACCGGCUCAUGGCUCAGGGAGAUCCGGAUCUCCCAUCUCUCGCCUUCCAGCGAGCGGUGCCCGCCGCUCGCCAUUCUUCAUACUGUCGCCUCCGGUGUCGUCCGCUUCAAAAUGGAGUCGAAGUCACCACUGUCCAAAGAUUCGCCGAUGUCCUCUUUGCACGCCACGCUCUUCAGUGAGAAUAAGACUGCUGUUAUUGCACUAGGUGAAGAAGAGCUGCACCUGGUGGCCAUGGCUUCCAGAAAGAAUCCUAUGCCAUAUGCUUGUUUCUGGGGAUUUAGUGUGCUAUCACGAUUGUACGAAUCUUCUCUUUUGAUGUUGAACCUAAGGUGCCUUGGUAUUGUGUUUGAUCUUGAUGAAACACUUCUAGUUGCUAAUACCAUGCGCUCAUUCGAGGACCGGAUUGAUGCACUUCAGCGAAAGAUAAGUAAUGAGACAGAUCCUCUGCGCAUUGCUGGCAUGUUAACGGAGAUAAAGCGGUAUCAGGACGAUAAAUCAAUCUUGAAACAAUAUGCAGAAAAUGACCAGGUUGUUGAAAAUGGAAAGGUGUUCAAGGUUCAAUCAGAGAUGGUUCCACCUUUGUCUGAUAAUCAUCAAUUGAUUACACGUCCAGUAAUACGGAUACAAGAGAAAAGCAUCAUUCUAACACGUGUAAAUCCAUCUAUACGAGAUACAAGUGUUCUUGUACGAUUAAGGCCUGCAUGGGAAGAUCUUCGGAGCUAUCUAACUGCAAGAGGACGCAAACGGUUUGAGGUCUAUGUUUGCACAAUGGCUGAAAGAGAUUAUGCUUUGGAAAUGUGGAGGCUUUUAGAUCCAGAUUCAAGCUUGAUUAACUCUUCAAAAUUACUUGAUCGUAUAGUUUGUGUUAAAUCAGGCUCAAGAAAGUCACUGCUCAAUGUCUUUCAAGAUGGAAUCUGCCAUCCGAAGAUGGCACUUGUAAUUGAUGACCGUCUGAAAGUUUGGGAUGAGAAAGAUCAACCAAGAGUUCAUGUUGUCCCUGCUUUUGCCCCAUAUUAUGCUCCUCAAGCAGAGGCAAAUAGCACCAUCCCAGUUUUAUGUGUUGCAAGAAAUGUUGCAUGCAAUGUCAGAGGUGGUUUUUUCAAGGAUUUUGAUGAAGGAAUACUACCACGGAUAAGUGAAGUUUUGUAUGAAGACGAAAUGAAGGAUUUCCCACCUGCUCCAGACGUGGGCAAUUUUUUGAUAUCAGAGGAUGACGCUUUAACAGCAAAUGCAAAUAAAGAUCAGGUCUGUCUUGAUGGCAUGGAAGAUGCUGAGGUUGGGAAGAGAUUGAAGGAAGCAAGUUGCAGCAUGCAAGCUGUUCAGCCCAUGGUUACGAACUUUGGGCCGAGACCAGUAUCUUCUUUACAAAAUGUUCCUUCCUCAUUCAACACAACCUCACUGACUGCUAUGCGGAUGGCAGUGCCAUUACCUAAUAAUCAAUGUGCUCAGUCGGUUCCAGUAGGUAGGCCUUUAGGUCAAUUGGCCUCUCCAGAACCUAGCUUUCAGGGUUCUCCUGCUAGGGAAGAGGGUGAGGUUCCUGAAUCAGAAUUAGAUCCAGACACAAGGAGGCGACUACUCAUCUUGCAACAUGGUCAAGACACAAGAGAACCUACUCCUUCGUUUCCUGUAAGCCCCCCACUUCGUGUCUCAAUUCCUCCUGUACAACCACAAGGAAGUUGGUUUCCGUUGGAGGAAGAGAUUGAUCCAAGACAACAAGACAGCGCACCUAAAGAAUUUAGUAGGGAACCAGAUCCUGGACGUUACAGGAAACGAUCUAGGCAUCCAUCUUUUAUGCAUGGUGGAGAGAACUCUGUUCCUUCUGAUAGAGUUCUUCAUGAACCUAGAAGAUUACCCAUUCAGUUGCGUAAUGGAGGUGAUCGUUUGCAGCUAAAUAAUUCCUUGUCAAACUUCAAUUCCUUCCAAGGUGAGGAGAUGCCUAUGGGUCGAAACUUUUCAAGGCACAAGGACGCACAACUUGAACCUAAACAGGCUACCAUAAAGCAAGCAGGAUCUCCUCCUGGAGUUCUACAGGAAAUAGCAAUAAAAUGUAGAAAUAAGGUGGAGUUUCGAAGCACUCUCUGUGAUACGGCAGAAUUGCAGUUUUCUAUCGAGGUUUGGUUUGUUGGAGAAAAAGUAGGUGAGGGGGUUGGCAAAACAAGGAAAGAAGCCCAGCAUCGAGCUGCUGAUAUGUCCCUUCGGAAUUUGGCUGAUAAAUACUUGUCAAAUGCUCUGGGUGGCCCUAAUACUGUACAUGGAGAUCUACUUAAGCUCCCUCAAACCAAAGAAAUGGGUCUUUUAAGUGAUUCAAACUCUUACGGCUAUCAGCCAUGCCCCAGGAAUGACCUUUUGCCAGUUGCAAGUACUUCGGAAGAUUCUCGUUCCAUGGAUCAGAGAUUAGAGAGCUCAAGAAGAACAUCUGCUACUACUUCCCUAAAAGAACUAUGUGUCAUGGAGGGUUUCGAUCUUGUUUUUCGAGCCGAACCUUCACCUUCUAAUGGAUCAAUUAGUAAAGGGGAAGUGUCAGCGCAGGUAGAAAUAGCAAGACAGAUCUUGGGGAGAGGGGUUGGAAUGUCCUGGGAAGACGCCAAACUCCAGGCGGCCGAAGAAGCUCUUGGAACUUUGAGGUCCAUGCUUGGACAAUAUUCUCAAAAACACUCUAGUUCACCAGGGUCACUGUCGAUGAUGUCAAACAAGCGUUUCAAACCAGAAGUUUCACAUAUACUGCAUAGAAUUCCACCUUCUGGAAGAUAUUCUAAAAGCGAAACUCCUGUGCCUUGAAGGCACUGUGCUACCAGCCCACUUCUUCAAUGGUUAUCAUAUUAGCUUUGUGGCAGAGCAAGCCAGUUGAGUUUAAUCGGGAACCAACUCCUGAAAACGUUGAGCAGACUUCUCAAGUAAAUUGAUAAAAGCUAUAUCUCAUCCAUUCUUGGGCAACCUUAGCAGAACCUCUCUUGGAAGCAUGUAGCCGUGCACGUCAAUGCGGAUUAUACUUUUGUGUUUGGGAUCACAUUGCAGCUUGAACCUGUCAAUUUGGCAACAGUAUCAAACCACCUUUGUUGCCCGAUAGUUGGGAGAUCCCAAAUGAAUAUUAGAACUUUGGGGCUCCUGAGAGGUUCUUUCUAUUUCUUCGGGUUUCUUGCAUUUUUUUUUUAAUUUUAGGCUUUAUGUUUCCAACAUUCUCUAGUUUUAGUCGACAAAGUCAUUUUGCUGUAAACUCUCAAAACAUUUACUGACAACUGGAAUGGCGAGUCGGUAGAGUGCUUUGUCCUAAUCUUUCUA